GCUGUUUACUGUUCGUCUCUGCUAAGCUGCUACAUUCUCACAAGCAUGUGGUUUGCCUUUUUCUCUAGUCUUUUACCUGCUAUCAGACUUUACCUGCUUGGCUUUAAGGUCCUCUUGUCUCAGCUGUUAAAUCAACCAUUAAGACUGCCAGUGAUGCCCAGACAAGAUGGCAGGGUUGCCAUAGUGACAGGAGGAGGCAGGGGAAUCGGCUAUGAGGUAGUCCGCCACUUGGCCAGACUCGGGGCGCAUGUUAUCAUUGGUGGGAGGGAUGAGCAGGAGGGUAUCGCUGCUAUCCAGAGGAUUUGUGAAGAGGACAAGGAAGCCAAAGUGGAGUUCAGGAAAUUGGACCUUGCUUCUCUGCAUUCUGUCCGUCAGUUUGCCCAGAGCUUCAAGGAAAGGGAUCUCCCCCUAAAUAUUUUGGUGAACGGUGCGGGUGUAAUGCUCGUACCUGAGGGACGUACAGAAGAUGGAUUUGAGCAGCACUUUGGUGUGAACUACCUUGGCCACUUUCUGUUGACCUGGCUUCUCUUGGAUACACUGAAGGACUCUGGGAGAUGUGGUUAUGUCUCCACCGUGGUCAACGUUUCAUCAUCAGCUCAUUGCAUUGGGGAGAUCAAGCUAAAUGACCUAAACUGCUGCCAGCAUUAUUCAGCUCAUGCUGCAUAUUGUAACAGUAAGCUGGCCCAGUUGUUGUUCAGUUCCCACCUUCAUCAAGAGAUGCAGCGUGGACGUACUCCAGUAAGAUCAUGUGCUGUGGAUCCUGGCAUGGUGGACACUGCUCUGUAUUGCCAUCUCUGGACCCCACUCCGUAUGGCACAAAGUCUAAUCGCUCGUCUGCUUUUUAGGACUCCUGUAGAGGGCGCUGCCACUGUGUUGUCGGCUGCUCUGUCACCAGCACUGGAUGGGGACUGUAGAGGAGGCUACUGGGCCAACGGGCACAGGGAGGUGACAACACCACCAUCGUUGGACCCCCAGCUUCAGCUCAGUUUAUGGGAAAUCAGCAUUCAGCUGCUGGGCCUACAGUAGUGGAGGCUUUUAAG